AGAAAUAUUCCCUUCACAACACUUUUUAAAGCAAUGUUAAAAGUUUUGGAUAUUUUGUUUUCUGAGACUUUUCUUAUGUGUUACUUGGGCAGAAGCAGCUGCUCCUAUUUCUGUAUUGUUUGUUUGUUGUGCUCCAGGUGACUGCAACCACUACAGUGGAAGUUGUCCUAGCAGUAGUCAAGCCUGGUGGUUUGCUCUGAUGUUCUGCCUGGACUUGGAACCGCAAGGACUACAGUGGGGCUGGCUGAUUCUGAAACUAUGUAGACAGAUUUGGCUGGGCUGGCAUGUUACUGUGCAGUCUCACAGAACCCUGUGCUCAGGGCUUCCUUUAAUGCUUUAUUUACUGUUGGCUUCUUGAAAUCGUCACCGUCUUGAGUUGAUUUUGGAGAUAGCAUUUUUGUUUUGUGUCCAGACAGUCUUGGGUGUAGCUGUCACACAGGGCAGGGUAUGGACUGGGAGCUAGGCAGAAUCGCACUUCUUCUGUAGAGAGGAGUGCUCAGCUGAAGCAGAGCUCUUCAGAAGGAUGAUGUGGUUCUUGUUAUUUCUGUAGUCCACAGUUCAUUCACAUUGCAAUCAUCAUCAGUUUUUCUGUUCAGAGAAACUAGGAGGUUUUGAUAAUAUGUGUUUUAAAUUUAGCGUUUGGUGUCAUUGAUCCUUUGUCCUCUUUGGACAGUCAUAUGUUGUGUGGCUCAUAUGUAAACACAGUCCCUUGCAUUAGUAUGCAAGGUUAUGUUUUCAUGGUUAUGUAUUCAAAAUGUUUACUCAGUUUUUGAGAAUACAGGCUAAAUUCUUUGUUGUCCCUUUGCUUAACAGUUGAUGAGCAAUGUCCUCCAUUUAUGGCAUCAGGUAGAUGAUGCAGAGUCCCAGGCUGGAGUUGCUCUUUCCUGAAUUAGAAAUCAGACUGCAUUUUAUAAAACUUCUAGGUGACUCCUUGUCCAUAAAGGUUUGGGAGUAAUUCUCUAAGCUCCCAAGUGGCAUUGUUGGCAUAUUGAUAGAACAGUGGCUUCUUUUUGCAGUACAUUCCAAUUUCCAUAAUCAGUUAAUGUGAUGAGCUGCUGAGGUUAAAGUAUUGAGAUGAGGUCUCAGGACUGCAAUCUCCAGCAGUCCUGCAGCUGGCAGUAGAGUGCAGGUCUCUGUGGAUACUGGCACUGAAGAAGUUCCAAGGGUGUCUUAGGAGUACUAGUGCUGUGAUGAAACACCGUGACCAAAAAGCAAUUUGGGGAGAAAAGUGUUUAUUUAGCUUACACUUCCAUAUUGCUGUUGAUCAUCAAAGGAAGUCAGGACAGGAACUCAACACAGGGCAGGAGCUGUUGGCUAUGGAGGGUGCUGCUUACUGGCCUGCUUUCUCAUAGAACCCGGGACUUCAGCCCAGGGAUGGAGCCACCCAUUAACAGCUAAUUCAGAUAAUGCCUUACAGCCAAAUCUUAGGGAGGUUUCCUUACUUUCAGAUAACUCUACUUUGUGUGUCAAGUUGACAUAAAACUAAUGCAAAGGAUAGGAUACUGUUACUUGAUGGAAACAAGUGAUUCUCAGUCAGCCAUACUUAAAUUCCUUGGAUGUGUUGAUGUUGUGUGAGCAGGACCUUGCAGAGUCUACAGAAAGGCUGGUGUUCUCCUCGAAUCUCCUGUAGAUGAGGUCCCAUGUUUCCCAGACUGUCAAUGCUGACACACUGUGAAGUGAAGGGCUCGUGUCCUAGAUUGCCUUCCAGAGCCAACCUAUGUAGUAUGAAACUAGUGUAACAAUCUUAAUGGAUCUGUAAUUAAAGCCUUGAUCUGAGAUGACUAGGCUUAUUCAGGAGAUAGGUUCGUUGGCUCUUUUGUGUGGAUAGAUAGCUGUUUUCACUAUGGGACAAAGACCAGCAGAGGAGAUUAUCUGUGGGGUCAGGUAACCUGGUAACUUGCUUGCUUAAAAUAUCUAGUCCUUUCACGGGGGGAAAAACAUUUUCAAACUUCUAGGUUCAAUUUGUAAAAGAAGCCUAGGAUUUUGUUAAAAGGAGGUACUUUGGUCUCUCACCAAGCACCUCACCUUGCUGGCCAGCCUUCCUAAGUGAGAUUGAAUUUCUUCUUAUCCAUAAGUAAGUGUCACUAAGCUAAACUGUGGAUUUUAAAUAUGUUUCUGUGUCCUGUAAACACUUUGUUAGGUCCAUGAUGCUGCAUACCUGUAACCCUAGCACUUUUCAGGAAGAGGCUUGAGGAUCAGUUAGCUACAUAAGUGACUGUAUGAGAUCCUGUCUCAAUUCUGUUUUCUCCCCCAUCCCCAAUAUUUUUUGGUUUGAUUUUAUUGUUAAUUCUAACUCUAGUUUCAUUGCAAAUUUUAGCUUGUGUCGUUGGUCUUUAAGACAAGAUCCCUUGCUAUGUAGCUCAGGCUAGCCUCUAAAGCUUAGACUCUUUUGGCCUUGGCUUUCUAAGUGUUGUGAUUAUAGUUUCAGGCUACCAUCCCUGGUUUUUGUUUUUGUUUUUGUUUUUUGAGGCAGGGUCCCUGAUCAGCUGGAAAUUUGCUCUACAGGUCAGCCUGGCCUCAAACUCAGAGCUCUGCCCACUAAAGAACAGCAUGUUUUGGAAAUUUGAUCUUCACUCAUCAUCCCACAUAGACACGCUUCUAGAGAGAGAAGAUGUAACACUGAAGGAGCUAAUGGACGAGGAGGACGUUUUACAGGAAUGUAAAGCACAGAACCGAAAGCUCAUAGAGUUUCUGUUAAAAGCAGAAUGUCUGGAAGACUUAGUCUCAUUCAUUAUAGAAGAGCCACCUCAAGACAUGGAUGAAAAGAUCCGAUACAAGUAUCCAAAUAUAUCUUGUGAGUUGCUCACAUCUGAUGUCUCCCAGAUGAAUGAUAGACUGGGGGAAGAUGAGUCCUUGCUAAUGAAAUUAUAUAGCUUCCUCCUAAAUGAGUCCCCCUUGAACCCACUACUUGCCAGUUUCUUCAGCAAGGUGCUAAGUAUUCUUAUCAGCAGAAAACCAGAACAGAUUGUGGAUUUCUUGAAAAAGAAGCGUGAUUUUGUGGAUCUCAUUAUAAAGCACAUAGGAACUUCUGCUAUCAUGGAUUUGUUGCUCAGGCUCUUGACAUGUAUUGAGCCUCCACAGCCCAGGCAAGAUGUUCUGAAUUGGCUAAAUGAGGAGAGAAUUAUCCAGAGGCUUGUGGAAAUAGUUCAUCCAUCGCAAGAAGAAGAUCGGCAUUCAAAUGCCUCACAAUCACUUUGUGAAAUUGUUCGCCUGAGCAGAGACCAGAUGUUACAAGUUCAGAACAGUACAGAACCAGAUCCCCUGCUUGCUACUCUAGAAAAGCAAGAAAUUAUUGAGCAGCUUCUGUCAAAUAUUUUUCACAAGGAGAAGAAUGAAUCAGCCAUAGUCAGUGCAAUUCAGAUUUUGCUGACUUUACUUGAGACUCGACGGCCAACAUUUGAAGGCCAUAUAGAAAUCUGCCCACCAGGCAUGAGUCAUUCAGCUUGUUCAGUUAACAAGAGUGUUCUAGAAGCCAUCCGAGGAAGACUUGGAUCUUUCCAUGAACUCCUGCUUGAGCCACCCAAGAAAAGUGUAAUGAAGACAACAUGGGGUAUAUUGGACCCGCCAGUGGGGAACACCCGGUUGAAUGUAAUUAGGUUGAUAUCCAGCUUGCUCCAAACCAAUACCAGCAGUAUAAAUGGAGACCUGAUGGAGCUGAACAGCAUUGGCGUUAUAUUGGACAUGUUCUUCAAGUACACAUGGAAUAACUUCCUGCAUACGCAAGUGGAAAUUUGUAUUGCUCUCAUUCUUGCCAGUCCGUUUGAGAAUGCAGAAAAUGGCACCAUUACUGAUCAAGACUCCGCUGGUGACAAUUUGUUAUUGAAGCAUCUUUUUCAAAAGUGUCAGUUAAUAGAGCGAAUACUUGAUGCCUGGGACACAAAUGAGAAGAAACAGGCUGAAGGAGGACGACGACAUGGUUACAUGGGACACCUCACAAGGAUAGCUAACUGUAUUGUGCACAGCACUGACAAGGGUCCGAAUAGUGCAUUAGUACAGCAGCUCAUCAAAGGUCUUCCCGACGGAGUCAGGGAGCGCUGGGAGGCGUUCUGCACGGACUCCUUAGGAGAAGCGAACAAGAGGAACACGGCAGAUCUAGUUACAACCUGCCAUAUUCAUUCAUCCAGUGAUGAUGAAAUUGACUUUAAAGACACGGGUUUCUCACAGGAUUCCUCUUUGCAGCAAGCCUUUUCUGAUUAUCAGAUGCAACAAAUGACGUCCAAUUUUAUUGACCAGUUUGGCUUCAACGAUGAGAAGUUUGCAGACCAAGACGACAUUGGCAAUGUUUCUUUUGAUCGGGUGUCCGAUAUCAACUUUACUCUCAAUACAAAUGAAAGUGGAAAUAUUGCCCUGUUUGAAGCAUGUUGUAAAGAGCGGAUACAGCAGUUUGAUGAUGGCGGCUCUGAUGAAGAGGAUAUCUGGGAGGAGAAGCACAUCGCAUUUACUCCAGAAUCCCAGAGGAGGUCCAGCUCCGGCAGUACGGACAGUGAAGAAAGUACAGACUCUGAAGAAGAAGAUGGGGCCAAACAAGACCUGUUUGAGUCCAGCAGUGCAAACACAGAGGACAAAAUGGAGGUGGAUCUGAAUGAGCCACCCACCUGGUCCGCCAACUUUGACGUCCCAAUGGAAACAACCCAUGGCGCUCCCUUAGACUCGGUGGGAUCUGAUGUCUGGAGCACAGAAGAGCCAAUGCCAACUAAAGAGACAGGCUGGGCUUCUUUCUCAGAGUUCACAUCCUCCCUGAGCACAAAGGAGUCUUUAAGGAGUAAUUCUCCUGUGGAAAUGGAAACCAGCACUGAACCAGUGGGCCCCUUGACACCUGGUGCGGCUGCCUUGGCCAGUCAGCCAGAGGCACCAGGCAGCGUGGCUAUGGAAGCCAGCUCAGAUGGGGAAGAGGAUGCUGAGAGUACAGACAAGGUAACUGAGACCGUGAUGAAUGGCGGCAUGAAGGAAACACUCAGCCUCACUGUAGACGCCAAGACAGAGACUGCAGUCUUCAAAAGAGUGUUGAAGUCCUACCGUGAGGAAGAAAAACUUUCUACCUCUCAAGAUGCUGCUUGCAAAGACACAGAAGAGACCCCUGAGUCAGCAGAGGCCAAGUGCACAGCUCCCCGGACCCCCAACAGUAGUCCCGAGCAAAGGACCGACCAGCCAAGCAUGCCAGGCGACACGUCAGUUAAUGGCCCUGUAUGAUGAGUGACGUCCACUGCUGCUGACUGAGGACUGCAGGCCACCACCACCCAGGGCUCUGGAGGGUUCACCCAGAGCUGUCACGCCGCCACUACUGCACUCUGCAAGGGAUCAGGACCAGCAACCUUUAUAUUCUAGAUUCUAAGACAUUGUACAGAGAAAUUGAGACGUGUAAAAAUACUGCACAUUGACAAAUACCAAGAAUUUUUGCGUAUGUUUAUAUUGUAUUGAUCUAAAUCCUGGGUAGCCUGUGACACCAGACCUUGCCGCCCAUGUAAUAAUAGUAACGAUACAUAGUUCAGAUGGUUGUAAGAAUAGUUUUAUAAAGUGACUACACAGAUCUAUUGUAUUCGAAACAUAACUAUUUGACAAUUAUUAGUGUGACCAAAGUAUUAGGCAGUUUUCAUACAUUUUCCACCUUGUACAAAAUUCUGAAUUCAGUUUUCUUCCAGGUUGGCACGGAGCUGUCGAUGGAAAAGCCCUCUGCGUGUUAUUUUGGUUGUUCUGACUUACAAAGUGAUUUUGAAUAAGAAAUACUUGGUGUUUUUUUUUAUAACCCACUUUCGAUUGGUAACUGUUUUCUGUAUUGUUUCAGGCGGAUCAAAUGCGUGAGUCUUGGUGGAGAUUUAAGUAUUUAUUGCUACAGCUUAGUUGAUGAAUUGCUGUUCUUGUAAAGCCAUCUGUUCUGUUAAGGUCUGGUUUGCUCAGAGCGUCUCCUUCUGCAGGUGAAACACUAGAACACUGGAGUGCACAUGGCUGUGGUUAGAUUCUUCUCGGGGGUGGGGGUGGUGUUUGUUUUUGUUUUUGUUUUGUUUUGAUAGUUCAUCCGCCUUUUAACCCAUUCACCAAAAUGUCCCUUGUCGGCAAGUAUCACUAAUGGCCAUUUCAGCGUGGUCUGCACCCACACUGCUGUGUCACAGAGGUGAGUCUGGAAGUGCUCAUGCUGGUGACAGGGCAGAGUGUGCCCUCAAGCGGGCUGGCUGUCACAGUCAGCCUGGCAUCCAAGCAUGGUCCUUGUUUUACUGUACCUUGUGAGGUUUUCACUUGUAAACCAGUGGAUUUUAGAACUGGUUUGUGUGUAUAUAGUGAUUAUGGAUACUAAUUCAGUGUAAUUUAUAAUUUUCUAUGUCAGCGUAAACACACCCUAGCCUCCUCCAGCAGCUGAAGCAACGGCCUGUGCACUGCCGCGGCGUCUGGUGAAGGGCUCAGUCACCUCGCCUCUUGCACUUUUAGAUGCAGAUCAGUUUUUCAUUCUAUGAUAGAAAAUAUUCACAUAUUUUUACAUCAUUUGUUUUUUCCUGACCAGUAUUUAAAACCAAAAGGAUAUUCUGAAAAAUGGCCAACAAGUUUUUUAGAACCAGCAUCCCAAGCAGUGUGCCUACAUGACAUCGUGUAUGGAGAUAGAGACAAGUGUUCAAUGCCUUACUCCUUACUCGCUUCUCACUGUACACAGUGCAAGGGACCACCUCAGGUGGCCGAGGCAGGCCUGGUCACCAGGCUCAGUGGGCAGCAGGAGGCCCUGGGACUGGUGGCGAGGGGCUCGGUGGCCUGUGCGUGCCCGCUCAGGACCCUUCAGUCACAGCUCCUUCUGAAGAGACUGUGUUCUCUGGAACCUGGUGCCACCAGAGGACAGGGCUCCUUCUGCUCGUCUCAGGGAUGGUUGACCUGCGUGGCCCAGGACCUCACAUUGCUAGCGGAUGGCAUGCUCCUGUCUCACCUGGUGACAAGCCUUGCUGACCACAGCCAGGAUUUGGCUCCUUGCCAGCCCACACUGCCUCCUUGCUGUGGAUUGGGCUGGCUUUUCUAUCCCACUGUCCACUGGGAAAGGAACACUUGGGUGUUGUGCUUGGGAAAGGACUUAGGUUUGCUUGUCUCGGGGAGAGGCUGUGAGGGUGAAAGGGACAAGGUGUGUUGGGUUGGAGGGUGCCAGCCAGGGCUUGUGAUGAGUUCCUGCUCCUUUUCAUUUCUGUGUAUUGGCCGAAUGAAUUGCAAGACUAACAGAUGUCUACAGUACAAUACCUGUAUUACAAGUAAUAACAAAAUAAAGCCUGAUGCUUUGUUUCUAGAAA